UUUUACUCGUACGCAAACUGGUUAUUUUGAAUCUUCUAAUUCAAUCGGUAUUUAUCAAACAAAAGUAUCCAUAUGUUAUACGUUACCAUAUAGACGUUUAAAAAAUAAGAGUUUGGCAAAAUGAAGGAUAAAUAUGCAAUGAAAUCUCAGAGAUCGAAGAGUAACGUCGUCAUUAACGCAGCGAAUGAUACGUUUGAACUAUUCAAUGGUUUAUUUCACAUGCCAGUUCUAACAUGCCGUAGAUUAAGAUGGAGUUUUAUUUUGUGCUUGAUUAGUGUUGUGAUUUAUUACCUAUCGUUUAUCGAUGCAGAAAAACCGUCAAUUCUUCAUUUGUCAGUUGAAGAGAUUAUAGAGAAAGAAAAUUAUCCGGUUGAUAAAGUCGUUAUUGAAUCUGAAGAUGGAUAUCUAUUGACUUUGCAUCGUAUACCAAAUUCAGAUGGACCUCCAGUAUUUUUGAAACAUGGCAUUUUAUCGAGCACGGUGGACUGGUUAAAAAGUGGAAAAAAUCGAUCUCUUCCUUACUUUUUGUGGGAUCGCGGAUUCGACGUUUGGAUGGGAAAUGCUCGAGGCAAUGCUUAUUCCAGAAGUCAUAAAACAUUGCCAACUGACGAUCAGCGAUUUUGGGAUUUUGAUUUGCAUGAAAUGGGCUAUUACGACGAUGCAGCUUUCAUAGAGUACAUAAGCAAAACGAGGAGUUCAAAAGUUUUUUACGUUGGUUACUCAUUGGGAACAUUGACUUUUUCAAUCAUGGCAGCAGAAAGACCAGAAGUAGCUAAAAAGGUUAAAGCUAUGGUUGCCCUCGCCCCCGCAAUUUACAUGGGUAACAUCGAUCAUAGAUUGGUACACUUAAUAGCUAGAUAUCAGAAAGAAAUACAAGCCUUAGCGCAAUUGUUCAAGAUACAUGAGUUAUUUGGUCAUAGUCGGAUUUUUGAUUACAUGGGUAAUUAUAUGUGUCGACUACAUUUAAUUGGAGAUCACGUGUGCAGUCAAAUAUUUUAUUUCAUCCUUGGUUACAGUCCCAAGCAGCUAGAUAAGUCUAGAUUACCGAUUAUCUUCACCAAGUAUCCCUCAGGAAUGUCUUUCAAAUCGUUUUAUCAUAUUCUGCAGCUUAUUUCGUCGAAUGGUCUUCAAAAGUUUGACUACGGUUUAGUUGAAAAUAUGAACAUUUAUAACAGUUCAACUCCACCAAAAUAUAAUAUUUCUAAAAUUAAUAUUCCAACAGCAGUUUUUUUAUCGAAAACUGAUCCUUUAAGUUCAGAACAGGAUGCACUUCGAUUUUAUGAUGAAUUACCUGAAAAAUUAGGCUUGUAUUAUAUUGAUCGUACUUUCAAUCAUCUAGAUUUUAUUAUUGGAAAGGAUAUAUCAGAAGUUAUCAACACCAAAAUUGUUGAUAUAUUUAGCGACUUGAUCAUUAGCGAAACAUGUUUUAUUCUGCUGCAUUUCAUUAUUACAUUGCCAUCGAUUGCGUCUCUUAUUCACAUGUUGUCAAGGAAAAGUCUGAAAAAAGUUAUAAAUCUUAACAUUUACAUCGUCAUGAUGUCUUUUUCAAAAAAAUAUAUUGUGAACAUGUUGAGAGCGGAUAAAAAGUUCACUCGUAGUAUAAUUGUGAGUGUAGCUGUGAGCAUCUUACUCUAUUAUUUUUUGAAUAUUCAGCAUGGGCAAAAAACUCAUUUGAAAACACCGGAAGAUUUUAUUGCAAAUGAAAAUUAUACUUGUAAGACUUACACGGUUGAAACUGAAGAUGGUUACUUGCUCACAGCCCAUAGAAUACCGAACCCAUCAGGACCUCCUGUUUUUUUACAACAUGGUCUCUUAUCAAGUUCAUUAGAUUGGUUAAAAAAUGGACGGAAUCGAUCACUUGCAUUUUUCUUAUCUGACCAUGGAUACGACGUUUGGAUCGGAAAUUCUCGUGGUAAUACGUACUCUAAAAACCACAAAACUUUAUCACCAGCAGAUCGCCAAUUUUGGAACUUCAGCUGGCAUGAAAUGGGCAUUUAUGAUGACGCUGCUUACGUGUCCUAUAUAACUAAUAUGACGGGUAAAAAAUUAUUUUACAUCGGUUACUCAAUGGGUACGUCUUCAUUUUCGAUUAUGGCGUCUGAAAAGACAGAUGUCGCAAAAAAUGUAGCAGCAAUGGUGGGUUUGGCACCAGCCGUGUACAUGAAUCAUAUCGACUCUCCGUUUGCCCAUUUCUUGGCAACAAAUUUGAAUAAAUUGCAGUUUAUUGCAGAUCUACUAGGUAUUGAUGAAUUUUUCAAACAGCACGUCGUAUUCGACUUUUUUGCUGAUACGAUUUGUAAUGUUCCUGUUAUGGGCAAAUGGAUUUGCAGUAUUGCAAUUUCUGGAUUCGUUGGACCUGAACAAUUAGAUCAUGAAAGACUACCAAUAUAUUUUAGCAAAUAUCCAUCAGGCACAUCUUUCAAAUCUUUCUGUCACCUGUUGCAACUAAUAGAAGCGAAUGAGUUUCAAAAUUUCGACUACGGGCAAGAAAAUAAUCUUAAGAUUUAUAAUAGUACCCGUCCUCCAAAGUAUUCGCUCUCAAAUAUUCAAGUUCCCAUUGCUAUUUUCAUCUCCGAAACAGAUCCAUUCAUUAAUGAAAAGGAUGCAUUGAAUUUUUAUAAUCAAUUACCUCAGAAAUUGGGUUUGUACUACGUGGAUCAUCCAUUCAUUCAUGGAGAUUUCAUUCUUGGGAAAAAUGCUACUGAAAUUAUCUAUAACAAAAUUCUAAAAAUAUUUUCUGAUGUAUCUAAGUCAACGUGAGGUCUGAAAAGUUUACCGGGGCAAAUGUUUAUAAUAGAUUUUCAGUGUAGUGUAACUUGAAAUGCCAUAUAAGAUUUAGAAGGUAGAUAAGGCCAUAGUAUUGAAAGUAUACUAGAGAAGAAUUUGAAAAUGAAAAUAUUUGUAUUUAAACUAUAUGUAUAUAUUUUAAUAGUUGAAUAUUUUAACUU